GUGUGUGUGAAAGAGAGAGAUAGAGAGAGUGCUAUACAGAGAGAGGGAGAGAGGACUGCCGUUGAGAUUGGACUCUAUCACGUCUUCAUUAUUAGUCUAAAAUGCUUUAGUACCUGCCAUUCAUCUGUGCUGUCAGUCAAAGAUCAGUCACGCGGGAUAUAGCCUACGUUAAGUUCAGGUCUAGAAAGCAGUGGUGCAACUGAAGGCCCAAGAUGCCAGAGCAGAGCAACGACUACCGUGUGGUGGUGUUUGGCGCAGGGGGUGUAGGGAAGAGCUCACUGGUGCUCCGUUUUGUGAAAGGCACUUUCCGGGACACCUACAUCCCAACGGUGGAGGACACGUACCGGCAGGUGAUCAGCUGUGACAAGAGCGUCUGCACCCUGCAGAUCACAGACACAACUGGCAGCCACCAGUUUCCCGCCAUGCAGCGUCUGUCCAUCUCCAAGGGUCACGCAUUUAUCCUGGUCUACUCCAUCACUAGUAAGCAAUCCCUGGAAGAAUUAAAGCCCAUAUACCAGCAGAUUCUCGCUAUUAAAGGCAACAUAGAGAACAUCCCCAUCAUGCUCGUGGGAAACAAAAGUGAUGAGACUCAACGGGAAGUGAAGACCGAAGAUGGAGAGGCCCAGUCCAAGAUCUGGAAGUGUGCUUUCAUGGAGACCUCAGCUAAGACUAACCACAAUGUCACUGAGCUUUUCCAGGAGCUUCUCAAUUUAGAGAAGAAGAGGAACAUGAGUUUGAACAUCGAUGGCAAGCGUUCUGGGAAGCAAAGCAGGGCUGACAAGCUGAAGGGGAAAUGCAGCAUCAUGUAGAGGGCUUGUUAGAGCCUGAACUGGGAUGUGGUGAGAUAAAGUGAAGAUACAGAGUGAUGAAAUAACAAAGGAAAGGAACCGAGGAGAGAAAAAUGAGUGAAGAUGGUGUUAUUUGACAUUUCAUGCUUAUUUCCGAUAACAAGGAUUUUACUCUAACAUCUCAAAUUUCAUCCUUCUCCAUCAGUCUUUAGCCUUUACAAGCACUGACCUGUUCAUAUUGCCUUGUCUGUUUCUAUUGAAGAGCAUGGCCACCUUCUCUCACAUCUGAGAAAUACUCAGAUAGCAAUCGAUUCUUAAACAGCCCUUUUUGAGUUCAUGAUGAAAUUUUUUAUUAAAUAGCUGCUCCUGCAUGGCUAAAACAGAGUCAGGAAUUAACUUAACUUUAAGCUUAGACUUUGCAUAGUGACAACUAAAAUUUAGUUUUGUUUAUUCAUUCAAACGUUCCUGUCAGGUUGAGGAAGUAGUGUCAGUAUGAGAUUAUAUGACAAUAUAGUCAAACCACCCUUUAAUACUCUUUGUUGCAGGCUGUGUAAACCCACUUUUAUUUGUUAUCCUCAUAACAUUUUGAUGAUUACUUUUGCAUGUCCUUAGUUAUCUUAAAUAAUGCCAACAAUAUG